CUCGGAACGAGGGUCACUGAAAUCUGGCGGAAAGAUGAACAAUAACGAGACAAAAGUUUUGGUGACUGGUGCAUCCGGAUUCAUUGGAACACACUGUGUUGAGAUUCUUCUUAAAAAUGGGUACAGAGUCCGCGGUACUGUUCGUGAUCUGAAUAACAAAGCCAAGGUACAACCAAUCAAAAAACUCGACAAGAAGAACCACUUGGAGCUUGUCGAAGCUGAUCUUUUAGAUUCAACGUGCUGGAAGAAAGCUGUCGCCGGUUGUGAUUAUGUUCUACAUGUAGCUUCUCCAUUUCCGAUUGUGUCAGACGAGCGUUGUAUUACUACCGCAGUGGAGGGUACAAUGAACGUUUUGAAAGCAAUUGCUGAGGAUGGAAAUGUGAGGAAACUUGUGCUCACUAGCAGUUGUGCAGCCGUGAAUGAAGGGUAUACGCAAGAUCGAGUGUUCGAUGAAGACUCAUGGUCGAACUUGGAGAGUGACAUGGUCGACUGUUAUAUCAAAAGCAAGACGUUGGCUGAAAAAGCUGCAUGGGAUUUUAUCGAGAGACUUCCAGAAGACAAAAAAUUUCCAAUGACUGUUAUCAAUCCAACGCUAGUAUUCGGCCCAGCUUACAUUACCGAGCAAGGAGCAAGUAUUACUCUGAUGCGAAAAUUCAUGAAUGGAGAAAUGCCAGCUGCACCGCCACUCAACAUGCCUAUCGUCGAUGUGCGUGAUGUCGCGCUAGCUCACUUUGAAGCCAUGCGACGACCCGAAUCAGAUAACGAACGAAUUUUGGUUACAAAUGUUCCGUCCAUGUGGUUUAUUGACAUCGCAAGAAUAUUACGGGAAGAGUUCAAAGGAAAAGGUUACUGGAUCCCCAGAUUUACAGCUCCAUACUUUUUUGUGAGACUCUAUGCACUCUUUGAUCCUGAAACAAAAGCAAGUCUUCCUCGUCUAUGCCAAGAAGUCAAGUUUGAUAACUCAAAGGCUCAACGUUUGCUGGGAAUGACCAUGCGCGAUAGCAAGGAGGCUCUUAUCGAUAUGGCUCACUCGCUUAUCGAUUUAGGCAUAAUUGAGAGGAAAUAAUACUUGUGCACACACAGUCGUUUACCGUCCCAAAAACCCUUUUUAUCAUCAUCAUAAUCACUAACAAUCAGAUGUUUGAACCGAGCCCAUAAUAACAAAAAUAAAAGAGGAGAGAAAUAAAA